CGACUGGUUACAUUCUGUGCCUUGCAGUUGCAGCUUGUUUUAGCACCAAUCACUGUAUUGUUUCUCCCGCCGGCUCCCGGUCUGGCCCCUGGUUGCGAGUAUACGGUGUGCUAGUCUGCAGCCAAACGAAAAGUUGGCGAGCCGAGUGGCUGCAUCGUUGAACCCGGAAAAUCCCUUCGACCUCACACCACAAUCACCUCGAGCCGACAUCCAUUGCUGCGACGCCGCGCCCGCUUAAUUCACUCACCUGGACGUUCCAGUGAGCCCACAAACCCCGGAUUCUUCUAAUUCUGCUUCGUGUAAUGUGCAUGGCGAGCUCCACGAGACAAGCGCUUGCACGCGACACCAUCGUCAUCUGCCAACAAUAGCCUCGCCCACCACGGGAAGCCUCAACGCCUCCAUCGGCCCCGCUGAGCGCACCUCUCGACCAUGGCCUUCAACUUCAACUGGUCGCCGCUGAUCGCGGACACGUCGCGCGCGCGCGAUAUGCUCACGACAGCCCUCAACAAGUCGCCCAAGCCGCCCAUCAUCGUCGACGACAUCAUCGUGACCGAGCUAAAUCUGGGCACAACACCACCCGAGCUGGAGAUACUGGAGGUUGGAGACUUGGCCGAGGAUCGGUUUAGGGGCAUAUUCAAAAUGUCGUAUACAGGCGAUGCCUUCUUGACGCUGAAAACAAAGGUCCAGGCAAAUCCGCUGAACACGUACCUAUCGACCAAGCCGGACUUUGCAUCGCCUCAGCCGCUGGCUGCCUCGUCGGGCUUGACAAUACCGCUGCAAAUCACGCUGUCGAAUAUCCGGUUGAGUGGUUUCGUCAUUCUAGUUUUCUCGAAACAAAAGGGCCUGACGCUGGUAUUCCGGAACGAUCCUCUAGAGUCGCUGAAGGUGUCAUCGACGUUCGACUCGAUACCCUUUGUGCGAGACUAUCUGCAGAAGGAGAUUGAAGGACAACUGCGCGUGUUGUUCAUGGAAGAUUUGCCAGCAAUUAUUCAUCGAUUAUCGUUACGGUUGUGGUCACCCGAGUUUCAAGAGCUGGAGACAGAAGAGCGACUGGAAGGGAAUCACGAUACCACUGCCCCGAUCGACCCUCUCGCAUCACCUCCACAAGACGCCGUCGAUGCGUUCGGCAACCCUCUGGACGAGUCUGAGAUAUCAGCGUUGUCCCUCGAUUCGACCGGUGAGGUGCACGCAUCCUUCUCACAAAAGAAUAUUCUUCGUCUCGCAGCGCUUUCUGAGUCACAACGGACCCUUUCACUCUUCACGCCUGGUAUCCGCGAUGCCGUCUUCCGCGCCUGGGCAGGCCACUCAGACAAGCCCGACUCCGGCGCUGCAACACCAGCACUUACGCGGGGCAGUCUAUCAAGGAUACAGUCGACUUUCGGCAGCCUUCAGUCGACUUCAUCUUCCGUCGCAUCUGGUAGCACAGAGGGCGAUACAAAUAGCUUGCGACCUACCCUCUUGUCAACCCACUCCAUGCCUGCGGGCCUGAGCCUUGGUGCUAAUCGAUCACGCACUGGUGGCAUGCGAAAGCGGAAGAAGCGCGUGGUGGACCUACGGAAGAAAGAUGGCGCAGAGUCCUCUGGCUUGUCCACCGAAGCAAGCACUCCGCUUCCGAGCACGUAUGCCUCCGAGACAUCGAGUGUUAUACCCGAGGAAAGGGAAGCUGAAGAGGAACUGGCUACGCCAUCGCCACCAAAGAGCUCUGUCAAUGCUGGUCUCCAUUUUGACGGCCGACAUGGUAGUCUUGAUGUCGGUGAACCAAGCCUAAUCUCACAAAGCACACCUACAACUGCACCUCUUCUCGCUCCCUCACCCUUACUUUCCGAGUCACCUACUUUCCUCAAGUCGCAGCGAAACUCAAAACGCCCCCAACUAUCUCGCACCGAGUUCCGAAAAGCCCAACAAGCCACCUCUCCCCUCCUGCGUUCUCUAUCCUUUGACAGGGUUCCCUUACUCGCCUCGCCGCCUUAUGUCGAGAGCGCGGGCUCUUCAGGUGGCAUCUUGGAGCAGGCGUGGAUGCUCAAGAUGGCGCAGGAGAUUGCGCGUAAGGUGCAAGAGGAGAAGGAUAGGCCCACUUCCAGGCCAUCCCGACCACGGAGGCAGACUGAGAAAGCUGCUGCAACGGGAGGCAUGUGGGCGAGUGAAGACGAGAUUGAGGCCCCACCUGCUUAUGUUGAAUGAAUCACGUAAAAAGCAGGGGAGCAAAAUGAUCUUAUGAGUAAUGGGCAUUAUGAUUGGCGCUUUUUUUCCCUCUCUCCCUUCGUUCUUUUUUCCAAGCCUUCCACUCACUAUCUUUCCCUUUUCAUUG